AUGGAUGUGGUGAGUGGAGGUAAUGGUCAUGACAACAGCUCAAGUCUAGCUUCUAAACAACGCCUUCGUUGGACACAUGAGCUUCAUGAACGAUUUGUUGAUGCUGUGGCACAAUUGGGUGGCCCUGAUAGGGCUACACCAAAAGGCGUGCUGAGAGUGAUGGGUGUUCAAGGUCUAACAAUUUAUCAUGUCAAGAGCCACUUGCAGAAAUAUAGGCUGGCAAAGUACCUCCCUGAUUCCUCUUCUGAAGGUAAAGUGUUUGACCAGAAAGAGUCGGGUGACAUGCUUUCCAGCUUGGAUGGAUCAUCUGGAAUGCAGAUUACAGAAGCACUGAAGCUGCAGAUGGAGGUGCAAAAGCGACUGCAUGAGCAAUUAGAGGUCCAAAGACAGCUUCAGUUACGAAUAGAAGCCCAAGGGAAGUACCUAAAGAAGAUCAUCGAAGAGCAACAGAAGCUGAGUGAAGUCCUAUCAGACGACAACUGCCAGGAAUCCAAAAACCCAACCGACCCCCCUAUCACUCCACCUCCUCCUCCCAUCAUCAAAAACUCCGCCCCCGCCCCAGUCAACGCCACUGAUGAACAUGAGCCCUUAACCCCAGACUCUGAUCGCGGUUCACCAGUUAUGAAGAAGCAACGAGUGAGCCUCAGCCAAGGGGUCGGCUUAACUCACCAAAUACUCGACUCCAGCUUAAGGCAACAUCCGGUCGUUUAUGGAAUGCCGGUUAACAAUCAAGAUUAAAAAUUAAAUUGAAAUUGGAAUUUGUCCCAGGGUCGGGGAAUCGGGAUUGUUUUCUACUUUGUGCAGUUUCUUUAUAGAAAAUAUAUAUAUAUAUAUAUAUAAUUUAUGUUUGAUUAGGUGGG